CCUCAUUUCCCAAUCAGAUGUGAUCUCCCAGCUGGAGAAUGGUGAAAUGCCAUUGAUGCUAGGAGGAGAAGUCCCAAGAAGCUCUCGUCCAGAUUCUGUUAAUCAGGAGAUGAGGAAUGAAUCCAAGAAGGCUUUUCCAAAGGAGGGUAGUUUGUUGAGACUCAGAAAAGAUGAUUCUUGGAAUUGCAAUUUGGGAGAAGGCUGGAAAUGUGAUGUCAGAAAGCAGAAAGACAAGCAGGAGAGGAAAUCCAAGCCAGUGAUGGUCAUCAACGAAUGUCAUGUGUUUGGGCAAAAUUUCGGCCCGAGUUCAGUCCCUGUUUCACAACAGAGAACUGUUACGACACAAAAUGAUCUCAUGAAAUCUGUUGUCUAUGCAACGAGCUCCAAGCAAUAUUCAGGCAUUCUUAAAUGUCCCAACACCUCCUUGGGUAAGAAAUGUUGGAAGUUCAGCAAGUCCAGGAAAUCUUUCAGCUUCCACUCUGAUCUUAUUCAAUAUCAUAAAAAACUUGGAGAAAAACCAUAUGAAAGAAAUGAAUGUGGGAAAGCCCUGAGCAAAAAGCCACCCAUCAGAAGACAUCCAAAAAUUUAUAGUCGGGCAAAAUCCUUUGUAUGCAAUAAAUUUAGGAAAGACUGCACACAGAAGGGAAAACCUGUUCUUAAGCAGAUCCAUAAAGGAGAAAAACUCUUUGAAUGUAAUACAUGUGGGAAAUACUUCAGUAAAAGCUCAUCAUUGAAGAGACAUCACAGAAUUCAUACAGGAGAGAAACCUUUUACAUGUGAUCAAUGUGGGAAAACCUUUAGGCAAAACUCAUCACUGAGCAGACAUCAGAAAAUUCAUUCUAGAAGGAAACCCUUUGCAUGCAAUGAAUGUGGAAAACUCUUCAUGGAUAAAGGAAAACUUACUGAAUAUCAGAUAUUUCAUGCAGGAGAGAAGCCCUUUAAGUGUAAAGAGUGUGGAAAGACCUUCAGUGCAUCUCUUAAAGAGCAAUGGAAACUUUAUACUGAAGAGAAACAAUUCAAAUGUAAUGAAUGUGGGAAAUUCUUUAGCAAUAGCUCCUCACUUAAAGGACAUGAGAAAAUUCAUACUGGAGAGAAACCCUUUGUUUGCAAUGAGUGUGGCAAAGCCUUUGUCGAGAGAGGAAGACUCACUGAACAUAAGAGAAUUCACACAGGAGAGAGACCUUUUGCAUGUGAUGAAUGUGGGAAAGCCUUUAGCAAAAGCUCAUCGCUUAGAGGGCAUCAGAGAAUUCAUACUGGAGAGAAACCCUUUACUUGCAAUGAGUGUGGGAAAGCCUUCAUAGAAAAAGGAAAUCUUAGUGUACACAAAAGAAUCCAUACUGGAGAGAAACCUUUUGAAUGUAAUGAAUGUGGGAAGACCUUUUGCAAAAGCUCAUCACUUAGGAAACAUCACAGAACUCAUACUGGAGAGAAGCCCUUUGUGUGCCAUGAAUGUGGGAAAGCUUUCAUAGAAAGAGGAAGACUUACUGAACAUAAGAGAAUUCACACUGGAGAGAAACCCUUUGAAUGUAGUGAAUGUGGGAAAGCCUUCAACCAAAGCUCAUCUCUUAGGAAACAUCAAAGACUUCAUACUGGAGAAAAACCCUUUACAUGUCUUGAAUGUGGAAAAGCCUUCAUACAAAAGGGAAAUCUUAGUGUACAUAAGAGAAUUCAUACCGGAGAGAAACCCUUUGAAUGUAACAAAUGUGGGAAGACCUUCCGAACCAGCUCAUCUCUAAGGAAGCAUGAAAGAGUUCACACUGGAGAGAAAACAUAAAACAGUGAUUAAUGGGGAUAGCUUUUAUCUAUGCCAUAAGCCUUACUAUUCAUUGAAGACUUGAGACAGCAGAGGAGCCCAUUGAAUGUAAUAAGUAUGGGAAGGCCUGAAGCACCAACUUAUCUUUUAGUUCUUCAGAAUCUGGUUUCUAGGCUUAUUUCACAUUACUCUACUUCCGAAUUUCAGUGCCAUUUUUCCCAUACUCACACCUAGACACAACACAUCCUAUCUUGCCUUUUCAUAGGCUAUCACCAAUGCUUGAAACACAUUUACUCCUCUACCUCUUAAAAUCUCUGGUUGUCUUUCAAAGUGCAAUGUGUGUCUAUGAAAAGCCCUUUCUGCUCCCUGUAGUUGAUAGGGCUUGACUCAAAUUCUCUAUUUACCUAUUUUUCUCUAUAAUAUAUUGUGUUUUUUCCCAGUAGCAUGUGAGUUCUAAGGACAGAAACUACUUUUUAUUUUGUUUUUUGUAUAUAGUAGAUAAUUAAUAUAUACUUAUUGGAUUGGAUCUUAGCAUUGGAGACUUCAUCCUGAAGAAAAUCCAUUUAAUAUGAUUGUGGGGAAAACCUCCAUAAGUAUGGGAAACUCCAGUGCAAGUAAGAUAACUUGCUGGAGAAAAAUUCUUUCAUUAUAAAGAAUUUUGGGAAAGUUUUCAGCAAUAUCAUCCUUUAGGGUUCAUUCAGCAUACAUUUAUAAAACGCCUGUGUUCAAGGCAUUCUAGGCACUGAGAAUAUAGUUUAAAAAGGAAAACUGUUCAGCUUUCAAGAAGUUUGCAUUCUACUAAAUGGGAUAGAAAAGUAUAGGCAAUAUACUGGGUCAAAUCAGUAUUAAUAGAAUGAAUGUGGGAAUGUAUUUACAAACAAUUCAGUUCUUAUGAACUAUCAGAAAAUGAAUGUUGGAGAAGAGCCUUAUGUGUAUAAUGAAACAGAGAAUGACUUUAGCAACAGAUCAUCUGUUAUGGAAUAUUAGGGAAUUUACUGAGUCAUAGAAUCUGAGUUGGUCUCACCUUAGUGAUCAUGAGUCCCUUGUGCAACACCAAACACACUUAUGCUUGCAGAUCUCUGGUGAAGGAGAGCCCAGUGUCUUAAAGCAAUAAUCCCACCUUUUCAUGGUAUUUAAUAAAAUAUUUUUUUGACAUUCAGCCAAAAUCUAUUGCUGCAAUUUCUAUCCAUUCUACUACCCUGAAUUCCUGAAUUCCUUUGUCUUCUUUUCUCUAAGUCAAACAUAACCAGUUUUGUCAAUCCUAGAGGACACAAACAAGAAGAAUGAGUCGAAGUUGUAAAGAUUCAGGAAAAAAUUCCAGAAAAUUAGAACUGUCCUAAAAUAGAAUAAACCGUCAUGAGUUUCCUCAGUAGUAUAUGGAUUCCUUCUUAGAGUAUUUCAGGUAGAAGCUGAAAGAGUAUUUUUUUCUACCUUGUGACAAUGGAGGUUUCCUUCUCCUAUAGGUCGGACUAGAUGAAGUUAAGGUCCCUUUCGAAUGUUCUAAGAAUGUCGAUCUUGGCUGGAGGAAAGGGGAAAACCGCUAGAGAACGAAAGAGAAUUACAUUAGUUCUUCACGUGCUACUAAGUAAUGUGUGAGGAAACAUUUAGUAAUGAUUAGACCAACUCCAACUGGAAUGUGCUUCCUUGAAAGCUAGUGUCUUUCCCUUUAUUUGAAGUUUCCUUGCAGAGGCUGGAUGACCACUCACUAUAUAGAUUAGAGGGAUGUUUCUUUUGGAGAUAAAAGUUAAAUCUGGAUGCUUGAUGAGAUCCCUUCGACUUCUGAAAUUCUCUGAUUUUUUUGAGCCUCUUUAUUCGCAGAGGAGAAAUUCUGAGUAUAAAGAAUGGGGGAAAAUGCCUUCAGUUACAGGGCAAUAAUAGCUAACAUUUAUAUAGUGCUUAGUAGGUGUGGGAAGCUGUACUUUAUUUAGUUACCUCCUUUGAUUCUCACAACGACCCUAUGGGCUAUAGUUAUGCUAUGGUAAUCUUCACUUUUACAAUCGCGGAAACUCAUUUGCCUAGUGUCAAAUUAGAUUUGAACUUGGAUCUUCCCCACUUCAUACCCAGCACUCUUACCUACUCUGCUACUGAAUUGAACCUUAAGGAUCAUAAGAAAGUCCUUGAGAUAUAAGGUGAAGGAAUCUUCAGCCAGAGGGUAGAUGCUUGGAGAAUAUAAGAAGAACUUUAUUUAAAUUUGUGAUUUCAUCAGUUAUGGGAGACUCCCUUCACCAAAGUAAACUGUCAAUUCUCCUGUAACUUACAGUGAUAGAGAUUGCCUAUGGCGCUAAGAACUUUAGCAGAUGAUUCAUCAUGAUCACCCAGAUUCAUGCCAGGGCUUGCCCUCUAUCCUACUAUACUACUCUGCCUAUUAAAAGAAAAAUUUUUUCAGUGAUCCAAAUAUAAAUUCCUCCACCAUUACAGAUCAGAAAGUUUGUGUUGGAGAGAAAUUAAUGAUAUUAAUGAUAUUGUCAAGCAACUAGUAUAGCAUGGUGUCUAGAAUGCUGCACCUGGCCGGGGAAGCCUGACUCAAGACAUUUAUGAAUGGCUUGACCAUAAGGAAGGCAAUGAUUUUUUUCUCCUCAUCUCAAAGGUAAGGCUUAUAAUCAUUGUAAGGCAUACCUCCUAGGAUAUCAUAUAGAUCAAAAGAGAUUGUGGAUGGGAAGCCCGUUAGUUGCAAAGCACCAUGCAAAGGCCAACUCUCAUUAUCUUUAAAUUCAUGCUGGAGACUACCCAUGGAUAAGGUCAUAACAUUUUAUUCAGACUUUCCAUUUUAUAAACACUGGAUAGCUGAGAUGUCAGGGUUUAUGUGAUAAGCUCUUGUUUGUAGAUUUGUAAAGUAAAAGUGAGCUUGUUUCCAGCUCAGACAUUCUGUAUGUCUAUAGCUAUAUGUGUAUACAUGAAUCUGCACAUUUAUCCUUUUUUUUUCUUUUGAAUGGGAAUACUGGAUCCAAGAACAUGACCAGCUUUAUGUUUCUUAGAACAUAUUGCCCAGAUUGGCAGCCAAUUAUAUUGUACAUUUUGAGAUAUUUAUGAAUAUCCUAUUUUCCCAUU